UAUUUCAUUUCCCAAAAAUCCUUUCUCUCUUCUCCAUCUCCCUCAAGCUCCCUCGCUCCAGCGUCCGUACAGCAUCACGAGGAGCUAAGGCUAACACCAAUGUCCUUCAUUAACAUAUAAGGAAGUCCCUCUCCUUCAUCCAAAAGGUUGCGGACAGGGAAGACCAAAAAACAAAAGAUUAGGUUUCAUGGCCGCAAAAUUCAACAAAUGUUGGAUCUUAUGUUGCUCCAAGAAAAUGCCUCCCGAGGGAGACGAUAUGGCUACGGACUCGUACGAAGACGCCAUUGCAGGACUCGAGGAGCUUCUCAGCAAGAAAUCCGACCUCGGGAACGUAGCCGCCGCAAAAAUCAAGCAGUUAACGGCAGAGCUGAAGGAAGUGGGUUCGUCCAGGUCUGACGCGGUCGAGCGGAUUAAAUCCGGCUUUAUCCUUUUCAAGACUCAGAAAUAUGAGAAGAAUCCUGAUUUGUUCGGUCAACUGGCUAAGGGUCAGAGCCCCAAGUUUAUGGUAUUUGCAUGUUCGGAUUCCCGAGUUUGCCCAUCUCACGUCUUGAAUUUCCAACCGGGGGAGGCCUUUGUGGUCAGAAAUAUUGCAAACAUGGUGCCUCCUUAUGACAAGAAAAGACACUCCGGAGUGGGUGCUGCCAUUGAAUACGCGGUUCUACAUCUAAAGGUGGAGAAUAUUGUGGUGAUAGGACACAGCUGCUGUGGUGGAAUAAAGGGACUCAUGUCUAUCGAAGAUGAUGCAGCCCCCACAAAAAGUGACUUCAUAGAAAACUGGGUGAAGAUAUGCGCACCGGCGAAGAACAAGAUCAAGCAAGAACUGACAGAGAUGAGCUUCGACGAACAGUGCACAAACUGCGAGAAGGAAGCGGUGAACGUGUCGCUGGGGAAUCUGCUGUCGUAUCCAUUCGUGAGGGAAGGAGUGGUAAAGAACACUCUCUCCAUAAGAGGCGCUCACUACGACUUCGUCAAUGGCACUUUUGAGCUCUGGGAGCUCGACUUCAAGACCACCCCUGCCUUUGCCUUUUAAUCCCUCUCUCCCCCCCCUUCCAUUGUCCCAUUUGCUUAUUUCUCUUUCAAAAUGAACCCAAAAUUUAUUAUGUAAGCAACUCUGUUUUCAAUUUCAUGUUCAGACUAUUGUUCGGA